AGACAAGUUUUGAAAAAAGUGUUCAAAGUCAGCUGAUCAAUCACAUUUUCUGUCUGCGUUUGUCACAAAACAGUCAUAAAAAAAAGAAGAAAAUAUGUCAGGAAAAGAUAGACUUCCUAUUUUCCCUUCUCGGGGGGCUCAAAUGUUAAUGAAGUCACGUUUACAAGGGGCGCAAAAAGGUCAUGGUUUACUUAAAAAGAAAGCAGAUGCACUGCAAAUGCGAUUUAGGAUGAUUUUGGGAAAAAUCAUCGAAACAAAAACACUGAUGGGUGAAGUAAUGAAGGAAGCAGCAUUUUCAUUGGCCGAGGCGAAAUUUGCGACGGGCGAUUUUAAUCAAGUUGUUUUACAAAAUGUGACGAAAGCACAAAUUAAAAUUCGUUCGAAAAAGGAUAACGUCGCUGGGGUGAAUUUGCCUGUAUUUGAAUCAUAUCAGGAUGGAACUGACACGUACGAAUUGGCCGGUUUGGCACGUGGUGGACAGCAACUAGCGAAAUUGAAGAAAAAUUAUCAACGUGCAGUGAAGCUAUUAGUUGAAUUGGCUUCACUACAAACCAGUUUCGUCACUCUCGAUGAAGUAAUUAAAAUUACAAAUCGUCGUGUCAAUGCAAUUGAACACGUUAUCAUUCCAAGAAUCGAGCGAACACUUGCCUACAUUAUUUCCGAGCUUGAUGAACUCGAGAGAGAGGAAUUCUAUCGAUUAAAGAAAAUUCAGGAUAAGAAGAAAAUAGCUAAAGCAAAGACCGAAGCUCUGAGAAAAGAGAUGAUUGCCGCAGGAAAUCACGAAGAAGCAGCUAAUAUGUUAGAAGAGGGUGAUGAAGACAUUCUCUUUUAAGCGCCGUAAAUAUUUAAAUAAUUAUAUAUAUAUAAUAUAUUUUUUGGCAUGAUCGACAAAAAAUCAGAAAUGAAAUUUUACGAAACGUACGAAACAAAAAGUUAACAAGUAUCGCACCUUUCGUAAUAAAUAAUUUUAAAAAAAGAAAUAUUUAAAUCGUACUUUCACGAUUUGGUUCGUGGACAAUAUUCAAUUAUUAAGGAAAUAUUUGUUACGAGUCAGUAGAGAACUGCUUAAAAACAAUUGAAUUUAUUAAUAGAUCCAAUAUUUUCUCUCUCUCUCUCUCUCUCUCUCUCUCUCUCUCUCUCUCUUUUCUCUCUUCUCUCUCGUCUAUAGAAUUGUAAAUUAAUUUCAACGAUAAUCUUCAACCAAUGUUUUUUUGUUUUGAAAUAUCAAACUUAUUACUUCGUAUUCGAUUAAUUUCGUACAAAGAAAAAACAUUGGACAAAGUGUUCUUAUCUAGAAUUGUUUUCAGUGAAAAGGAAGAAAAGUAUUCAAGAAACUCACAUAGAAAAAAAAAUUGUGAGUAUAUUAAAAAAAAUAUGCUGUACUUUACAGCUUGUGUAUUAUAGUGAUAUGUUUAAGAUCAAUAAAAAAAGAAUAUUAAUGUUAAAA